GCUAUAUAUUAAGAGGAUACGGUUUUAUCUGCAGUGCAUUUUUACACUGCACUGAAUGAUGAAGACAACAGGAAAUGUCAGCUGGGUAACGCUUUUCUUUGUAUUUUCCACCACAUGGAGGGAGGCUUUGUCUGUCACACGUUAUUCAAUAGCGGAGGAGAUGGAUCGCGGAUCUGUUGUUGCAAAUCUGGCGUCUGAUUUAGGACUAGAUGUUAACGGACUAGCACAAAGAGAGGUAAAGCUCGACACUGCUCAUAAAAAAUAUUUAGAAGUAAAUAAAAAAACAGGUGAACUUUAUAUAGCUGAAAAAAUGGAUCGAGAGUCCCUGUGCCAAGGUAAAACAUCAUGUUUUAUCAAACUGGAUUUGAUCAUAAAAAACCCAUUACGUAUUUUUAACAUUGAAUUAGAAAUCACAGAUAUCAAUGAUAACGCGCCACAUUUUAGAAUGGAUAGGGUCGAACUGGAUGUCUCUGAGUCUGCAUCACCAGGUGAAAAAUUUUCAUUACCCAAUGCACAUGACCCUGAUGUAGGGACUAACACUGUAAAAUCUUACAAAAUCAGCGAAAGUAAUCAUUUUACAUUAGAUAUUCAUUCUGGUAGUGAUACAAAAUAUGUCGACUUGGUUCUUAUUAAAGCAUUAGACCGGGAAGCACAGCCUAUUCAUAACCUCAUUCUUACUGCUGUAGAUGGCGGUGUCCCGGCACGCUCCGGAACUGCCAAUAUUAUUGUCCGUGUACAAGAUACAAACGACAACGCCCCUAAAUUUGACCGCUCACAAUACACAAUAAAAAUGAAUGAGAAUUCACCGAUUGGAACUCUUGUAACUAAACUAAACGCAACUGAUACUGAUGAAGGCUCAAACGCAGAAAUAACGUAUUCAUUUACGCUUUACACCUCAGAAAAAACUCAAGAUAUGUUCAAUUUGAAUUCAAAAACUGGCGAAAUAACCGUUAAAGGCACUAUAGAUUUCGAAGACAUGAAAAUAUUUGAGAUGUAUAUAGAAGCAAAAGAUAACGGCCCUAUUCCGCUCUCCAGUCAGUGCAGAAUAACAGUGGAUAUUAUGGAUAUGAACGAUAAUUAUCCAGAGAUAACCAUUAAAUCACUGAAAAACACUGUGAAAGAGGACACUCCUGUUGGCACAGUCAUAGCCCUUGUAGGUGUAAGCGACAGAGACACGGGUGAUAAUGGCAAAGUUUAUCUCACAAUAAACAAAAACAUACCAUUUACUUUAAAUAAAUCAUCUGAAUAUCACUACGAACUACUAAUCUCAGAAACAUUAGAUCGAGAAUUAACCCCAGAAUAUGAAAUUUCGUUAUUAGUGACAGACAAAGGAAAUCCGCCUCUGUCUGACAAUGAAACAAUAAUAGUGCAUUUACUGGACGUUAAUGAUAACGCACCUCAGUUCCCACAGAGUUUCUAUAAGAUAUCUGCCAUGGAAAAUAAUCCUCCCGGUGCGAUGCUGAGCUCUAUAACUGCCCAUGACCCAGAUUUACAUGAAAAUCAGUAUCUCGUUUAUUUCAUAAUAGAAAGAGAAAUAGCAAACACCUCCAUGUCUAUGCUGUUCUCUAUUAAUCCAGAGAACGGAAACCUUUACGCACUAAAGACAUUUGAUUAUGAAAUGGAGAAAGAGUUUCUAUUUCAUAUUGAGGCCAGAGAUUCUGGUGUUCCUCCACUCAGCAGUAACGUAACUGUUCACAUUAUUAUCAUGGACCAGAACGACAACACUCCUGUUAUAGUGUCUCCAUGGCGCGCGCAUGGCUCAGUGGUUGAGGACAAAAUACCGAGAUCCACCGAUAAAGGAACUCUGAUAGCCAAAGUAAUUGCUAUAGACACUGACUCAGUGCACAACUCUCGCAUUACAUACCAGUUUCUUCAGAACACUGAUGCUACAUUAUUCAGUUUGGACCAGUACAAUGGAGAGAUCCGGACCACGAGAAUGUUCAGUUACAGAGACUCACGCCACCAGCGGCUGGUGGUGAUCGCUAAGGAUAACGGAGAGCCCUCUCUCUCUGCUACAGUUACCAUCAAACUGUCCACAGUGGAGACUGCACUGAAAAGCUAUGCAGACAUGACUGAAGUGCCUUUAGAAUAUGACAUAUUUUCAGAUUUAAACCUGUAUCUGGUAAUUGGACUUGGUUCAGUGUCAUUCCUGUUACUGAUCACCAUAUUAGUGACCAUUGUGCUGAAGUGUCAGAAACCGAAGGCCAGUAAAGGUGCUCCUCCCUGUAGGAAUAGUGUGAUCAGUGAGAGGAACUCUACCAUCGCAGAUUCCACUUUGGUCUCCAACGAUGCCUACUGGUACAGUUUAUUUCUAGCAGAGACCAGAAAAGGAAAGCUGGUAGUUAGACAACCUGUGCCAAAGGGGUCAAGAUACUUUGUGUCCAGUAUACCGAGAAGCACAGGACUGACUGAGACAAGUGACUCAGCUGCAUCUACUCUACAGGUAAGGCAGCAAAUAUCAACAUGA